AUGGCUGGGCCAGGCAGGCGAAUCAGAACACUCCCUACGGAUUUGAAUAAGGUCUGCCCUGAUGAAGGAGAUGGCUAUCCUGUGUAUCCUAGAAGCUACUAUGACCUUGAUGUGGUCCCCAAUCUCAGACGAAGUAACAGCGCCUUUAGUAAGAGCAAGAAGAGGGCUCACUUUAACUCUGGUGCCAAUGAAAAGGUAAGUUAAAUAAAAAGAAGUCAUACAUUGGAGGAGUAAACUGACAUGGGGUGGAAAUCAUGAGUGCAGGUUGAAGCGAAAAAAUAACCCCAUCUUAAAAGGAUAGCUUGGCUACAAGCUGAACUGUGUCCCUUAAAAGACCCCAAAUUCUGCAUUGUGCAGAAAUGAAUUUUAUACAAAUGAUGCAAAUUAGCACUUUUUUUGUAGUAUUUUAUUUUUUAUCUGCUACUUUUUGUUGACUGCUCUGUUCCCAAUAUCAUAGGAAAAUCUCAGCACAUGGAUCCCUGAAAACAUACGGAAAAAAGAAUGUGUCUAUUUUAUUGAAGGUUCCCAAAUGUCAGAUUCCGGGUAAGUGCCUUGUUUUCACUUCAUACACUUCUAACUAUGGCUUCAACCAUUAUUCCUAUCAAUGGUCAGGAAGAGCCUCAGUUUCCUGUUGCAUUUUAUUUUUUUAUUGAAAUUGUUUGAUAUAUCAAAAUUUGCUCUGUAUAGAAGAUAAUUACUCAGAAUUUGAUUCAUUGUAAUUUUCUUUGCUCAUGAUAGAUCACAUUGAUAGAUGUUUAUAGAAAAAUUAAAUUAAAUUUACAUUUAAAAUAAAACCGAAAAUUUUAAAAUUCAAACUCAGUAAAAGGACUAUGCUGUGUAAAUUGUGUUCAGUUGAGCUGAACGCAUGUGUAUACAUAACGCUUAAGAGCAUUUGAGCUUCUCUCAUGCUUCAUGUGUGUCUUGCUAUGAAUGCUGUUAUGACAGAAAUUCAGAAGAAAAACAGAUAUAUAUAAUGUUUGUCCUAGGAGCCAAUUUAAAACAAAACCAAUUAGGGCUGUAAUCCUAUAUGCACUUACCUAAGGAUAAGCUCUACUGAACUCAGUGGGACUUCUGAGUACUUCUGAGUAGGCAUGUAUAGGAUUGCACUGUUAAUCUUCAUGCACAAAAGCUAUCUUGAGUUGUAUUUAGAGGAUGGAAUUGUCAUCCUGUUAACACCUGUGGACCUAUUCAUGUCACCUGGCCAGGUUGUGGGGAGUAGCUGAGGCAAAAGUCACUUGGAAAUGCUAUGAUUCAUACCCCACAGCCCCUGGCAAAACUGAUCAUGUGCAUUUGCUAGUAUGGAUGAAAUUCAGCUGCUAGCAUGUGCUAGCAAAUGCUCCCAAAUAGUGAUGUUUGUAGUAGCUUGCCAAGAGAUCAAUACUUUGUCUACUAACAGGUGGACUGAAAUCCAGCAUGAACAAGAUUUUUGAGCAGUUAUCAUCAUAUGCUCAGUACACAAAACAGAUGGAUCUAAUGAAAGCUUAUGCAUCAGUGCAUGUGCUAGUCUUUAAGGUGCCACAGGAGGAAUCCAAAAUUUUGACAAAGGAAAUGCAGUGAAUUGUGAAUUAUGGAAUGGUGAGACCUGGAGACCCUAUGCUCCACUGUCAUGGAAGGCUUAGAACAGGCAUAGGCAACCUUUGGCCCUCCAGAUGUUUUGGACUACAAUUCCAAUCAUCCCUGACCAAUGGUCCUGUUACCUAGGGAUCAUGGGAGUUGAGGGCCAAAACAUCUGGAGGGUCGAAGUUUGCCUAUGCCUGGCUUAGAAGAUAUACCAGUCAGGAAGCUAUAAUUAUUAUUUAUUUGUCUCCAACAAGAAUACAAGACCAAUGGAAAACCUGUUACUCCACGCAGGUCUCAGAUUCAAGUAAGUCCAGUACGAACUACAUAACGAAACUAUCCAGAGGCUACCAUCUCGUAUCUGAACUUAGUGUUGCUUAUGAAGAACAGUACAGCUUGAGUGCACCAAAAUUUACUCCAUUGCACAAUGAUUAAAGCCAUAGAAGCUCUGUCCUGUAAGAAAUUUGACAACUCUAGCAAAGCCAAUUAAUAGUCAUUUCAUGAAUUGCUAUAAGUAUAACCCUCUGUUUUAUUGUGGAUCCAGCAGGCUGCUCUGAGAGGGCUACCAAGUAGCUUCUUAGAUUCAAUGGUGGUGUUUUAUUUCCCCCCAGGAAAGUAGUGUGUGAGUGUGGCUAUCUCAGGGAGCAGCACUUGGAGGAGGCCAUAAAGCCUGCCAUGUUUCAGGGGAAAGAAUGGGAUCCCAGAAGACAUGUCCAGGAAGUGCCAACAGAUGCUUUUGGGGAUCUCAGCUUCACAACUGUGGGGCAGAAAACAGGGAAGGUGAGUUAGCACAUGCAAGGGAAUGGAGCCUACUACUUCAACAUGAGUGGUUAGCAUUCAUAGCAGUUGAAAGUUGUGUAGACCACAAGGAUUUCUAGUAAGAUUUGGAAGCUAAGAAUAGAGCAUUGCUUAUAAAGCUUGUAAGGGAAGAGGGUUAAAAAAACAAAAACAACCACCUGCCAAUUAAAUUUUUGAUUAAGUGUUCAGGCUGUAAGAGCAAGAAUGAAAGGUAAGACACUGUACUCAUACUCUAACCUACUAGGGAUUCUAACCUACUAGGUAUCCUUUAAAUGUUAUGGGGGCUCCAAGCUAGCCCCAUGCAACGAAUAUAUCCUACUUUGUUGCUAUAACUCUUCAUGGCUGGGGCAACCCAGCCAGAUGAGCAGGGUAUUAUUGUUUUUGUUAAUAAUCCCACAGCCAUGCAGGCAAGACCAACUGCAUGUGUCUCAUUACAAAAUUAUAAUCUUGACAGUAUUGAUGGUGACAAUUUAGUCUCAUUCAGUUGAAAUGCUUAUACACUGAAUCAAUAUCUGAAGCAGCCCACCCCCAAGGUAGUCCCACCCCCAGUGUCAUUCAUCAUCUGUGCCUGAUGUCUGCAUAUACUGCUUGAAUGUCUGCAGAGAGGAAGCUGUGCAUGCAAAUGUUCCCUCACUGCAGAUGUUUGUUCUGAGUGCAUGAACCUCAGGCUGAGGCAAGCUGGUGUGUGUGACAUUGGGUGGAGGUACCAGUUCAUGUAGAUUCAUCAUGGAGCAUUUCAUCUGAAUAGUGUUUUCUGUGAUAAGGGGAGCAACUGUCAGGAGUGGGGAGCCUGCGUCUGCAUGUGGAGGCUCCCUACAUGAGGCAGAACAUUUAUUUCCUGUCACCCUUCAACUUACAGAGUGGGGAGGGGAACACAGUUAGUGCACCUGUUUCCACAGCCUGUGAUUAUGUGUUGUUUUCCCCAGCUCCCAAAAUGUCCAGAAAUAGAGCUUUCAUAGCAUAGAUACUGGGAAUUAUUAACAUUAGGCAGGUACUGUACUAUUUUAGAUGUCUGAUAAAAACUUCUUUAUUUUAUUUUAGCAAGCCUAGCCAGACACAUAAUUUAUUCAUGUACACUUGUUUUUAAUAUUUGCUGAAUUUAUCAGUGCUACACUGCUAAUUCUUAUGUGCAUUGCUUGGAGAUUUUUAUCAAGUGGUUUAUAUUCUCUAAUAAAUUAAUAAAUAAUAAUGUGGAACAAUAAGAAGAGUUGUCUCUGAGUGAAAAAGAACCCUUUGUAGCUUGAAAUAUAUUUCUGGCCCCCCCCCCCCAAAGUCACAGAAGAUAUUCUCUAUGUUGUCUUUGUGACUUCCUAUUCCACUCAGACACAAAGCUUUGGGAAUAUGUUGCUGAUUCACAAGAUUCCUUGGAUGCUUGAAUUAAAUGGGAGGGCCUGUGGAGAGCCUGGAACUCUUACGAUAUUGGCCAUAGUUGCUAGAAUCAUAGAAUAGCUUUCUCAUACCAUCUGUGCUUUAUUUGCUUUAUUCUCCUGUUGCAGUUUGUGCGUGUCUCCUCUAAUACCCCCCCAAGCGUAAUUUACCAGCUGAUGACGCAGCACUGGGGACUUGAUAUACCCAACCUCUUAAUAUCUGUGACAGGAGGAGCUAAAAACUUCAACAUGAAGCUGAGACUGAAAAACAUAUUCCGGAGGGGGCUUGUUAAAGUAGCGCAGACAACAGGUAAGGCAGAAUCCUGCUCCAAAGCCACCAAUAAAUGACAUAUUCCUGUAUUGUUUCUCUGUUUCUUUAUGUAAUAUUGUUACCUGCUCCCUCACUUCUCCAGAUGGUAAGAGGGAUACAAGGAAGCAGCACGUACACAGGUUUCGUUUCAAAUGGAAAGAAAUCACUGGAAGCUUACUGGUGUUUUGUAAUAUUUGUAUUUAUUCACAAAUAUACAAGUUGCACUUCAGUGGAGAUACAGCAUCAAGUACUCCAACUGAUACCCCCACUACCACCAAAGUUCACCGCAUCCGCAUCAAGUCUUGCAGCACCUUUAGAAGUCCAGAAGUCCAAAAUCUGUCCUUUUUGUCUGAUUCUAUCUGCCUCAAGCUGCUAUGUGUAGGGAUGUGUACUAUGGACAUAUCAUUCAGAUUUUUGCUAGCCAUUGAUAAAGUUUGCCGUUAAGAGCCAAUAGCUAGGAUUGUCAUAUUUCAAAAAGUGAAAAUCUAGACACAAAAGUUGUUGAGCUGUUUUUGUAAAUAAAUAAAUUGAAGUUUUUAGGAAAAUCACCAAAAAAGCCCAACACUUCUGCCAUACACCCAGGAUUUCCCAGACUUUUCAGCUGCUUUCUAAAAAUUUCGCCUGGACACCACACCAUUUUCGAUGGACAAAUGUCGGAUGUAUGGCAGCCCUAAGCUAAUCUCCAUUUUUUAAAAUGGGGGUUUUGCUGUGCAAAAUGUAUCUUAACCAGUGUGACCAUUUUAGCAGCCUCUUCUAACAACUAUAGAAACCUAAAGAUGGAAGGGACACAAAGAGACCACCCAGCCCAAUCCCUAAUCUGAUAACAAUAUUUUGACCUCUUCUUUCAAUCAUUAAGAAUCAGAUGGACCCCUGAGGUGGUUUUCAGUCAUUAAGAAGUAAUAAAACCUAAAAUAAAAUUCCCAACAAAAGUAGAUCAGAAAGCUAAAAUGAGAGCCAGUAAAAAGACAAACACUCAACUCCACCAGACUAAAUGGCUGGCAGAGUUGUUAUUAUUAUUAUUUAAAAAAAUAUGAAGUAUUGCUCCCUAAUCCUGAACAAAGAUUCAGAAAUGAAGUAGAUGGCCUUAAUCCAGUCAUGUUUUUUGUUUCCCAGGUGCCUGGAUCAUCACUGGUGGUUCUCAUGCUGGCGUGAUGAAGCAAGUUGGAGAAGCAGUACGGGACUUCAGCAUGAGCAGCAACUAUAAAGGAGAGAUUAUCACCAUUGGCAUUGCAACAUGGGGGACAGUACACAACCGGAGUAGCCUCAUCUGCCCUAUGGUGAGCCAUUUUCAGGCUGUGCUACUAGAAGAAUAGGAUGCUUACAGCUCAAUCCCAUACAUGUCAUAUUUAAUGUCAUUUUUGCUGUUCUAUCCUGGUGGAAAUAUGGCUAUAUUUCAUAUACAUACGUGCUUACUGUUCCUAAAAUAGCGUGCAGGUAUAUCCAUAUAAUUUCUCCCCCCCCCAAUAUACUUAAUCCAAUUUUCAUUUAAGCUUCUGCUAAAAAAAGAAAAGAAAGAAAGCAGGUGAAAUUAACAGGUGUAUAGGAUCACAUGUGCACUGCAAAAAGAAGUUUUUGUUUUUUGUUUUGUUAAGACUCUGAUGACAGAUGAAGAAGGAUGAGCAAUGGCCAAAAAGAUAAGUUAUAAAUGCAAACCAAUCAUAUACAAGUACAAUUCAUUAUAAUGGUACUGCAUUAUAAAUAUAGACCAACCAUAUACAAGUACCAUUUCUUGGGGAGUGGAAAGUUUUGUGUUCUAACACCCUGCAGAUCCCACUGCUACCUCACCAAACUCCAAGCAAAGUAAGCACCAUUUGUAGCGUUUAUUUUGAAGCAAGAGUUAGAGCCUCAAUAAUUAAGUCCUUUGUUGGUUGCUGACCACUUUUCCCACCCCCAACCCCUGGAUGUUUACAGGGUAGCUUCCCAGCUGAAUAUGUGCUGGAUGAGGAGACUCAAGGGAACCUCUCUUGCCUGGACAGUAAUCACUCACACUUCAUCCUGGUGGAUGAUGGGACACAUGGGAAAUAUGGUGUGGAGAUCCCCUUGAGGACCAGACUUGAGAAGUUCAUUUCGGAGCAAACGAAGGUGAAAGAAGGUAAUUGUGAUGCAAUAUACAGGGUAUCUCAUUACUGAUAAAAGUCUGAUGAGCAAUCUGAGCCCUUCCCUCCUCUAAGGCUUGUUUAGUUUGGAAUUCAUUUAUGUCAGCCAGGCCAAUGAUGAAGAACUUGUUUCAGGUUCUGUUGGACUUCAGCUCCCAUCAGCUCCAUUCAGCAUGGCCUAUAGCCAGGUUGGUUGUUGUUAAAUUGAUUACUUGCCCUUCAUCAUAAGUCCCUGGGUGGGUUUCAGUUAUUUAAAAUUCAGAAUUAAAAAAAGUUGAAACAUAUUACAGUGGUACCUUGGGUUAUAUACGCUUCAGGUUACAGACGCUUCAGGUUACAGACUCCGCUAACCUGGAAAUAGUACCUUGGGUUAAGAACUUUGCUUCAGGAUGAGAACAGAAAUCGUGCUCCGGCAGCAGCGGGAGGCCCCAUUGGCUAAAGUGGUCUUCAGGUUAAAAACAGUUUCAGGUUAAGAAUGGACCUCCAGAACGAAUUAAGUUCUGAACCCGAGGUACCACUGUACAUUUACAGGAAUAGAUUCAAUAUAAAUUUUAAGCCCAUCAACACCUGGAGGACCAAAGGUUCCCUAUUUUUAGGCUUCUGCAUUAGGCCUUGAUGAUGUCAGAUGGUGAGUGGAGAGAGCAUGAAAUAUCAGGACAUUGAAAUAUCAGGACAUUAUUUGCUAAGGUAAAGUGCCAAAAGACUUGAAUCCUGGAAUCAGCAUCCAUAUAAUAGGAGCACUGUUGUUAGAGAUGGGAGGGAAGAACAGUUGUUUCUUUAGAUUUGGAUGUUGCUUCCAGUGGUAUGCAAUUUCUUCCAUUUGGUACUGCAGUCUUGAAUAUACUAGUCUGUUUUUGAUGCCAAGAUAUUGUCAAGUGAUAUUGCUCAGCACAUGCUUUGCGUUCUAAAGGUCCCAUGUUCAAUCCUUGACAUCUCCAGAUAAAAGUGGGAAUGAUUGUUUUCUGAAGAAAGUCUGAAUGCUGUUGUUGGUCAGUGUACAGUUGUGAGCUUGAUGGUCUGACUUCGUCUAAGGCAGUUCCUAUGUUCCUAGUUGUGACAGCAUAAAUGGCUAGUCUUGUGACAUGGUGGAAUGCAGGGCAAGUGAAGGGAGGGGCACAGAAUGAUGGGAAAGGGCAAGUGGGAAAAAGAAGUUGGUGACAGUUGGACCUGAAGAAAAUAAGUUAUGGAGAGACCUAAGGAAGGUGGAAGAAAAUGAAUAGUCACCAGAAAUUGAGGAGUUAUAAAGACCUGGCCUAAAAAAUACAUGUGUUAUUGAGAUGUAUCAAUUCUAAGGGAUUUUCAGGUCUCAAUAAUCAACGAGAAAAUGAUCUCCGUGAAGAACUUGAGUAAAACAAUGGGAUUCCCUGUGGCAAUGUAUGCCUCUCAGAUCUACCUCAGCUGAUAUCCAUGAAAACCCAAAUGGAAUUCCUACUCAGAUGGUUUUAUAUCAAAGUCUGAUUAGCUAAGGUAACAGGAUGAGACAACGGCUUUGCACUGGAGAAGCUGCUGGCAAAAGGGUACAUAUUGGCAGUUGUGACGAACUGCCCUCCAGGGAGCAGGUUGUUAAGUGAGCCAAAUUAUGUCAUCUAUUUUUGUGAGUCUAAAUUCAAAUAUUGUAUUUAUUUAUUUUAUUAAAAUUUAUAUACUAUCCGCUUGUAGGGAAAAAACUCCAAAGAAUGAGUUUAUGCUUGUUGCUGACCAUUAGGCAGAAAUGGAAAAGUGCUAAGGGUGUUGUCUUGGAAGGGUAGUAGGUAAAGUUGUGGUUUGCGGCAGCCAAGGUGACUCAUCAUAUUCAUGUUAUUGGGGUGAAUCCCAACCAGAAUCUGACUUUACAAUUUGACAUGGUUUUAUUUUCUAUAUGAGCAAUAAAACAAGAGCUGCAAAGUAUAAGAGGAGGUGGAGGUUUUCAUAACAAACAAAAAACUACAAACAUGUUUUUGCACAAGUUUUCUGCUGUUGCUGUAUCCUGUUAUUACUUUUUAUAGGAUUGUAUAUUGGCCUUUUUUCACUCCUAUUGUAUGUUGCCCUGAUACUUUCCCCUAAAAAUCAUUUAAACAAAAUAAGCAAAGGGACUGACUGCAAGCGACAAACAACUGAUACCACAGUAAGUAACCAAUGGUGGCUUAACGCUGGCUUGUGUGAUGAUGGUUGUGUUUGCUCAUCAUCAUUAGAAAUGUUAAUUAUGUAGCUGCUAUUAAUUGAUUGCUCUUAAUGUUAUUUGAGAUAAAUAUUGUUCAUUUUAACUGGAUUCAAAGGUAACUGCCAAUGGGCAUCAGCAAGAAGGGAAAGAAUGACUAGCUUUCGGCACAUGGGACUGACUGAGCCUUUAUUUCCUCACAGGAGUUGCCAUUAAAAUACCGAUCGUUUGUGUAGUACUCGAGGGUGGCCCUGGGACUCUUGAUGUAAGUACUCUAUAGGCAUCAGGGCAACUAAUUAUGGGAAAAGAAGCAGAGUGUAGGAGAAUUCAGUAAUUGUUAACACCUGGAUAUUUCUCUCUCAGAGCACAGUGUGCCUCAAUCACAUAGUAACCACUUCUGUGGUGUCUUUGUGACAUUGCAGAAACACAUCUAGUUGUAACUACAAAGCAGGGACUGGCUGUAAGGGCACAGAGAGUUCUGACUUGUACAUUUCAAGCCCUUUUAACUCACACAUAGCAAAGAGAUUCUGCAUAGCAGAAGAUAUGAGAGUAUGCCUUAGCUGUAAACAAUGAGAAUCGCUCUAAAACUGUUGAAACCUGCUCAACAUGCUGAUCGGCAGAAUGAAGUGGCAGAGCAAGGUGGAAUUCUGAGCUACAUCACUUAAGACAGCAGAUGGGAGAAUCAUGUUUUUAAGCUUUCGUUCCCAUAAGAAUUUCUCUAUACUACUCUUUAAUCCCAGAUAUUAAUCCCACAGAUUACUACAGCAUAAAAGGAGCAUAUAUAUUCCGAAAUAUGAUCUCCCACCUGUGCCAUGUGAUGAUACAGUUCAGAAUUCCAAGAUUUCAUUCUACAAGCUUAAUCAAUUCAUAAAUUGAUUCUGAACUUAGUGGCAAUAUCACAGUGAUGUCCAUGAGACAGCACCAGCUCAAAUGUAGUCAUGCUCCUGUAUUCUGUUCUACAGACCAUCUACAAUGCAAUUACCAAUGGCACCCCCUGUGUGGUUGUGGAAGGCUCAGGACGGGUGGCUGAUGUCAUUGCUCAAGUGGCUAAUCUGCCCAUCUCCCAAAUAAGCAUCUCCCUCAUUCAGAAAAAACUGAGCAUAUUCUUCAAAGAGAGCUAUGAGCAGUUUACUGAGAGUAAGAUUGUGGAAUGGACCAAAAAGGUAAGGCAAAUGGUCUCUGUGCAGCUUUUACUGGGUUUUGUUGGUGAAGUUGCAAUCAUGAGCUAGGACCUUCAGUCCUACCUUUUCUUUGACAUUUGCAGAUCCAGGAUAUUGUGCGCAACAGGCAGCUCUUGACCAUCUUCAGGGAAGGCAAAGAUGGACAACAGGAUGUCGAUGUAGCCAUUCUUCAAGCAAUGCUCAAAGGUGAGAAGUGCAGUGGGUGUUGCAGAUGAGCUACAGAGAUCAGUAAGUGAAACUGUUUCUUUUAGGACAUCCCCUUGUGUUGGAAUGUAUUGCUUCAGAAUGCAGCACAAGACAUUACUGUACGGUAGAACCUUUUGUGUGUCAUAAUUUAGACUUCACUUACCUUGAGGGAUUUGUUUUCAUGGAAGUGGAGGCACAGCAAGGACACCUGAUCACCAUAUGCAGUGAGCAAAAUACUGUUGGAGAGAGAGGCUUGGAAGAGAGAUUCCUACUCUCCAGUAGCAGAGUUAAGCACAAUGGUGAUUGCUCAAAGAACUUUAAAACUUGGUUAGGUUUGCAUCUACCCUCAUCCACCUUUAAAGAAUGUUCCCUAUUAAAAUACCUAGGCUAGAAAAAAAUCACAGAAACUUAGCUUUGCAAAUAAGUGAUUUUUUUUUUUACUUAAGAAAUUCCCAGAAGUUACAGCAAACAAAUCUCCAUCUUCUGGCAGUAAAACAAAGAUGAAAAGUUUCCAAGCGACUUUAAAAAGAAAAGUACUUUGUUUCCUUACAAAAGGAAUCAUGCAAUCUUUGGGUUUGCAAAGAUGCAGGUUUUAAAAUCUCACUUUUAAAGAGAUUCAGUUUACUUACAGGAUCAGCUGAGUGGGGAGCCAAAGCUACAUGGCUCCUUCUUUGCUUGUUCUAGGAAGCAUUAAGGGGGGAAAGGAGGGGGGCCAGAGGCUGCUGACAGCCUGCUAAGCCACCUUCACUGGCAACCUGAGCUCAGGUUAACCCUUUCAAGCAUGGAAGUAGGAGUCAGUAACGGUAAAGUACAACAAAUACUACCUGGUAUCAUAACCCGAAACUGUGACAUUGCAUGAAGUGGGAUGUUGAGCAAUACCUAGGAGAUAAAAAGUCAUUUAACACAAACACAUUUUAUAUGAUGUGUUGAGUUUGAUUGUUAACCUUACAGCUCAUAGGAGGUAACAGCAAUUUUUAAAAAACCAGCUCAAAUACUUAAUAAAACAUGCAAGCCACAUAAUGGAAACAUUAAAAUGAUUCCAUACUUGCUUUGCUCCAGCCAUUAAAUGUCAACAUAAACAAGAAAGUCUCUUUGGAAAAUGCUCAGAGUAACCAAGCUCUAGGCAGUAAUGUUGGGUAUGCUACAUGUGCUUAAAUCCAUAGGAUAUUUAAAGAAGCAGUUGGGGGCCAAAAGGGUAUGCUAGUGAUACCUUUAUGUUGCAAGGUACCUAGGCCUCCCAAUAUGUUUCUCUUGCCAUUCCUUCCCCUUCAAGUUCUGGAUGUGCAUGAGUAAGAGACAGCUAAUAAAGGUCCGUCCUUUGCAACCUAGUUUCAGCCAUGUUUUUGUUUAUUCCUCUAUUGCAGCCUCUCGAUACAGAGAUCACUUAGGCCAUGAAAACUGGGACCACCAGCUGAAGCUUGCAGUGGCAUGGAACAGGGUGGAUAUUGCCCGGAGUGAGAUUUUCACUGAUGAUCAUGAGUGGAAGGUAGGAAAGCUUUUGGUGACACACACUGGCAAUGAGCAUAUCUGCUUUCUGCCUGCAUAAUUAGAGCAGGGUCUAAAAGCACUAGCCUUGGCUUGACUGCAAGCAUGUGUCUUGGGAAGGCAUGGGGUGUCUUGAGGGUGAAACCAGAUGUUAUAAGAGCUGCCUUGCACUGCUGCCAUUCUGUGUCUCUUUGCUCUUCCUCCUAAUAUGUGCUGCAAUAUACUGUGUAACACCCGUGACAUGUUAUCAUGAGGUGUGUCUCCCCACCUUCACACAAUUGGCAGGCAGGGAUGAGGAGACACAAUGCAAUGAUGUUGUGUUAUGUUGUAGACACAUUAUGAGGAAGAGAGGGUCAAGAGUAAUGGAAUGGCAGCUCUUCCAGUUCUUUACAGUCAUUUUGUAAGUAGCUUUGCAUUGCCAUGGCAAAAAAGUGACUAAUAUUUGCAAACAUGCCAUAAAAACAUAUAAAAUAGUUUUUAAAACAGUAUGGAAACAACUAAAGCUAGGUUUAAAAACAGUACAGAACGAACACUUAAGGCAGAGAGCUUCUCAUCUAGAUGCAUUGUUAAUACAAAAAUGUAUUCAGUUGUCUCUGCAAAGUUCUGGGUGCCUGUUGUAUCUCAACAGUAAUUCCUGGCUCGCCUUUGUAUAUUUCACUCAGUUGCAUUGUAAACUGCCCAGAGAACUUUUUGUAAGGGAAUAAUAGAUCAGUGCACUAGUAUGCAUGGUCUUAUGUAGCACAUUCCUUGUUUGUUAGUGUUCAUAUGGAGGACAGAAUAGCCAUAAUGCUUGUCUGGCAAUGGCAGGCAUACUUGGGAUGAUCAAAGAACAGUUUAUUCAGAGAACUCGUGGUGUCAGAAGGUGCAAAACAACUCUUACAUUGACAGAGGUUUUUCAGUUUGGAUGUGAACUCUUAAAAACUCAACUUUUACAGCUUGCUACUUUGAGGAAUCUUUAAGACACCCACUUUUAUCAGAAGUGUAAACACUGUCUUAAGGGAUCGCGUCAUGUUUCUUAGAGGUUGCCACAAAAAGCAGGAAAAAUGCUAAUUUUUAUUGUCUGUGCAGAAAACACUCUCCCUGGUCAAUUGGCACCAGAAGACAAUAGCAGAGUAAGGUUGAAUUAUCCCAUGGGCUCCAAGUAACAUUUCAUCAAAUAGCGAAUACUUUCAGAUUUUUAGGGUUUUUACAAAUAGGUAAACCAAGUUAUUUAAACCCUGUUGUUGCCGCACUGGCAGUGUGGUUGAGUGGCUGCCCUGUUGCUGUGAUAUGCUAAAGAGCUGGGUUCUGCCCUCGCUGAAAAAUCUUUUUUAAAAGGUAAAAGACCCCUGACAGUUAAGUCCAGUCGUGAACAACUCAGGGGUUGCGGUGCUCAUCUCACUUUACUGGUCGAGGGAGCCGACGUUUGUCCACAGACAGUUUUACCAGGUCAUGUGGCCAGCAUGACUAAGCCGCUUCUGGUGAAACCAGAGCAGUGCACGGAAACACUGUUUACCUUCCCGCUGGAGGGGUACCUAUUUAUCUACUUGCACUUUGACGUGCUUUUGAACUGCUAGGUUGGCAGGAGCUGGGACCAAACAAUGGGAGCUCACCCCAUUGCAGGGAUUCGAACCGCUGACCUUCCAAUCGGCAAGCCCAAGGCUCAGUUGUUUACACCACAGCGCCACCCGCAUCCCUUGAAACAUCGCAUGUUAAUAAUACCUGUGUCAUACAUAUUUUGUGUCAGAGCCAACAUGGCAACUUCCAGCUACUUCUUGGAAUGGGAGGCAGUGGUAACCAUGAGGGGGUGGCAUGUGUUGCUGACUGACCCCGUGGGCAUGGCUCACCCACUAUUGUCCUGUUGUCCCUUAGGGUAGCAUGCUGUGGAAAGACUCUUACUAUUGGCUUCUCAUGCAUCCAUCACUCCAUGCUAGAGAGGAAGCGGCUGUGCCCCAUCAGCAUCAGUGA